UUGUCACGUGACCGCAGACGCAGUGAGUGUCGGACGGGAAAUAUGGAGGUCACUUCGCGGCCGUGCCCCGCGAAUUCGGCCGUUUCGCGCGAGUCGGCGAGCUAGUCGGCGUUGUCGGCCGUGUCCUGGCGUCGGCUGAACGUGGCGUCGACGUGGCGGCGCCGAAAUCGGGACCCGUGGAGCUGCAGAAUCGCGUGAAUUUGGUGAUUGCACCUCUGAUAGAAGCAGUUCGAGGCCAAGAGCGGCCGCUGGCUGGCCGCCCCACCAUGCCGAGGCCGCCGGCGAACGGCCUCUUUGCCAGGUUCACCGCCCGAGUUGAAAGAAUGGGCGUGGGUGGCGAGGGUGGCCACCUGCUGGCCGCCGUCGUGGUGGCCGCCUGCGUGGCCUGCUACUUGAACUGCCUGCAGUGCGGCUUCGUCUUCGACGACAUCAGCGCCAUCAAGGACAACAGGGACCUCCGCCCGCAAACACCCCUGUUCAACAUCUUUCGCAACGACUUCUGGGGCACACCCAUGCACAAGGAGCAAAGCCACAAAUCAUACCGGCCGCUGUGCGUUUUGUCAUUUCGACUGAACUACAUGCUGCACCAGCUUGAGCCGUUGGGAUACCAUCUGAUCAAUUUGCUCCUACAUUGCCUCGUCUGUUUCAUGUACUUCCGUAUGUGUGCCACAUUUUUAUCCGAGCUGGCCAGUUUCGUGUCAGCCUUGCUCUUCGCGGUUCACCCCAUCCACACAGAAGCCGUGACGGGCGUCGUGGGUCGAGCGGAGACGCUGUCCUCCGUCUUCUUCAUCGCCGCCUUCAUGUUCUACACACAGGCCACCAAGAACAGGCGGCACACGCGCUGGCGUUCGCUCAUCCUCGCCAUCCUGGCCGUCGCCACGGCCAUGCUUUGCAAGGAGCAGGGCAUCACCAUCUUGGGUGUCUGCUUCGUCUAUGAACUCUUCGUCAUUCAAAAGGUUCGACUACAAGACUUGAUGCACACACUGAGGGCCACGCUGGAGGGCAAAAAUACGCCUCUGCCGUGGUCUGUCGAGGCCAGCAAGAGGUUGGCCGCCCUGGUCGGCUCGGCGAUUGCCCUUUUGGCCCUCAGAGUCCAAAUCAUGGGCGCGCGUCUUCCCGUUUUUACUAGGUUUGAUAACCCAGCUUCGGCUACAAGCGCGCCGGCCCGCCACCUCACCUACAACUACCUGCUGAGCGUGAACCUGGGCCUGCUGCUGCUGCCGUGCGACCUGUGCUGUGACUGGACCAUGGGCACCAUCCCCCUGGUCAGCAACCUGAACGACCCGAGGAACGCGGCCACGCUGGCCACCUACGCGUUCCUGCUCGUGCUCACCUACGUGGCAAUGACCUCCGAGAACCACCAGCAGGUGACCGCGUUGGUCAUGAGUCUUGCGUUCAUGGUGCUGCCCUUCCUGCCGGCCUCAAACCUCUUCUUCCCGGUUGGUUUUGUCGUUGCCGAGCGCGUCCUCUACAUGCCCUCCAUGGGCUUCUGCAUGCUCGUCGGCUACGGCUGGUCUCAGCUCGCAUCACAAGCAAGACUGAAGAAGUUUGCCUGGUUCAUGCUGGGGAUGCUGGUGCUGACGCACGGCUGCAAGACUUACAUGAGGAACCAGGACUGGCAGGACGAGUACACCAUCUUCAGCUCGGGGCUCAAGGUGAACCACCGCAACGCAAAACUCUACAACAACGUUGGCCAUGCCUUAGAAGGACAGGGAAGAUUUGGCGAGGCUCUUGCCUUCUUCCAGACUGCUGUCAAGGUACAGGAGGAUGACAUCGGUGCCCACAUCAACGUUGGAAGGACAUUGAAUCAUCUGAAAAUGUACAAAGAGGCUGAAGAUGCUUACCUGAAGGCGAAAGAACUGUUGCCAAAAGCGAAGCCUGGAGAGUCAUACCAGGCGAGAAUAGCGCCGAACCACCUGAAUGUGUUCCUGAACCUGGCGAACCUGAUCGCAAAGAAUGAGACGAGACUGGAAGAGGCGGACAUGCUGUAUCGGCAGGCCAUCAGCAUGCGGGCCGACUACACGCAGGCCUACAUCAAUAGAGGCGACGUCCUCCUCAAACUGAAUAGAACAAAAGAAGCUCAAGAGGUAUAUGAAAGGGCCCUGUUUUAUGACAGCACCAACCCUGAUAUUUACUACAAUCUGGGUGUGGUGUUCAUCGAGCAGGGCAAGUCGUCGCAGGCGCUGGCGUACCUGGACAAGGCGCUUGAGGUGGACCCCGAGCACGAGCAGGCGCUGCUCAACUCUGCCAUCCUGCUACAAGAGAUGGCGCGGCCAGAGUUGCGGCAGCUGGCCCGCGAGCGGCUGCUGAAGCUGCUGACCAAGGAGGCUGGGCACAACGAGCGCGUCUACUUCAACCUCGGCAUGCUGGCCAUGGACGACAAUGACGUGGCCGGCGCCGAGCACUGGUUCCGCAGGGCCAUUGCCAUGCGCGAGGACUUCCGCUCGGCACUGUUCAACCUGGCGCUGCUGCUUGCAGAUGACCACCGGCCCCUUGAGGCGGCCCCCUUCCUCAACCAGCUUGUCAAGCACCAUCCUGACCACACCAAGGGACUCAUUCUCCUUGGCGACAUUUACAUCAAUUUUAUCAAGGAUAUCGAUGCUGCCGAAUUGUGCUACAAACGCAUUCUGCAGAUCGAGCCGCACAACGUGCAAGGGCUGCACAAUUUGUGCGUCGUCUACGUGGAGCGGGGCAACCUGGUGCGGGCGGAGGCGUGCCUGCGUCACGCGCUGCGGCUGGCGCCGCACGAGGACUACAUCCUGCGCCACCUGAAGAUCGUGCAGGCGCGGCUGGCCAAGCUGAGCGAGCAGCAGAUCAGCGAGCAGCGCGCGCACCGCGACCCUGACUACGACAACUUCAUGGCGGCCCUCAAGGCGAAUGAGACGAAAUCCUAGUGCAGACUUUUCGUUAGCCCCACGCAAUUGUUUUACUUUUUAACCUGGCUUUCGCGCUUCUCUACGACUAGUCACGCGGCGGCGUCAAAUGCUAGGUUCGUUCGGUAAAGAGGCGAAAUUUUGCAACGAAACAGAAUGAGAGAAAGAAAAUCGCCACCGCAAUUAUUGCAGUAACAAUCCUUUUUGUGUCGUCACCGUCGAGCCCCCGUCGGCUCGAGAGAGACACCAAAAGAAAACCCGUGGACAAUCAGUUGUAUUAUUGCGAAACCGUGCAUGACGGAAGGAACGGCAGCAGAUCAAGAUAGACUUCAUUGACGAGAAAGAUAGAGAAAAGUAAAAAUUAAAUCACACUCACACACGCAGCAGAUGAUAGAGCAUAUAAAUUAUAUUGAUGUUAUUGUGCCUUGUGAACCGGGAAAAGAAAUAUUAUAUACCGACGAGCAAAUGCGAUUAUCAGAGAACAUGCAACCGAAAUUUUUUAUGUCUACGGAUAAAGAGCAAAAAUUAUGAAGAGGGUAAAUAUUUUUCUAUGUUGACAGAGAAAGAGUAGUGGUUGCACUUGAGAGUAUAUUAUAUGUAUUCAUGUUGUGGAAUUAACGCUAUCAUUCAGAAGAAGAAGAAAGUGAUAACAUGCUUUUUACUUAACACAGAACAUUCCUCAGAGAUCGAAAGGAUAUGUGCAAUGAUCAGUUUUUAGUUUUAUUUUUUACUGCUUUUUAUCAUUUUUAAGUGCAUUUACAUUGAGAGAAAAUACGAUGGUCCAAGCAAUUACAAACAAAUUGAGAUGUUCUGUGAAAAGAAGUAGUUCAGUGGUUUAGCUUUCAAAGUUAGGCAGCGCUGGCAAAAUCUAGAGGUAAAUGUUGCAUUAUGUGAUGAUGUCCCUUAUUUUCGUUGUUAUUUUUCUGUAAACCAAACCAGGGCAAGUUUUUUUAAAAAAUGCAGAGCACCGGUUUUAUACUUAAAUUUUGUUCUUGCAAACAUUUAUGUGAGGGUUUGGCAAUAGGUGUGAAAUUUGACAAAAAUAAGACUGUUCUGUGUUUUUUUCUAAACCAAUCAGACUUUUUACAGCAGUUUUCAGAAUUAAUAAAAAAUAAAUCUCAUUUUCCGUGGCUGGUAUUUCUGUUAAACGUUUCCAUAUUUGAUCAAUUUAGUUCAGAGUUUUUAAUCAUUGAAAACGCUAAAAAUAUUUUUUUAAUUUUUUGACUGGUAACUAUUGUUUUAAUGUGUCUACAAAGGUCAAAAUGGAUUUUAGUUGGUAAUUGCAAAAUGUUAUAUUUUCUACUUUAUAUUUUAUUCAAUUUAAAUUUUUUUAAAACUCCUUUUAAUUUAAGUGACAAAAUUUGCACCACUUGACUUUUCAAUGAUAUAUUUUUAAUUCUCACUUUUUUAGUGGUGUUCGUGAUUUUCCGUAAAAACAGCCAUGGAAAAUUUGCGAUUUUAAAAUUUCACAUUUGUCUGAACGAAACCCUGAGCAAGAAAAUGUCAUAACUGCUGUGAAAACCCCGGUGCUGAAACUGCAGCCCUGAUUUUGAGUCAAACCUGACCUAUUAAUUUUGUAAUCUGUCGGGACAUUGAUCAUGAAGUUGCGAGGAAAAUGUUAGAGGAGAAUGUUGUUCGGAGUAAGAGUAUCGAUGUGGUGUAAAUUACAAAACAAAGAAAGCAGAACCUCAGCUAUGUAUCUGUGUUAACCCCGUGAAAUGCAGUGCUGGAUGUGUUUUUAGUUUAAUUUGUAACCGCGGUGGCCUCGCCUUCUAAAUGCUUUGUUAGCCAGAGUUUCGCGACACGGAAAAUCCGACAGGGCCACCCAAUUAUUUCGGACGCAAAUUGAAAAACGGAAAGCAAGGAGGGAGACGAUCUGGAUGUUUAGACUAACUCGGUGUACUUAAAAUUAGUGUGUCAACUGUGUUGCCCGGCCGCGGCAGCACGAUUGCCAACGAUGUUUAUGUUAGAUGAAACAGAAAGAAUUUGUUUGUGACUAACAGCAGAAAAUCCUGUGUGUCUAACUACUGUAUAAAGAAAAACAAUGACAACUGCCGCAGCUAAACUGAUACUUUUCAUGAAUUGCGAACGCCAUCUGCACAAUAUUGGAGAAUCGCCGUGGACCGAGACAAUCUGCUAAAUUGUUUGUUAAAAAUCAGCACGAUGGCAAGCAAUCAAUCUCGUUUCUUUCACUCCCAAGACACGACUUUUUAGGUAUUUUUGGAACCCCUGCGAAAGCCAACCAAUGUGAAGACAGCCUGUACCACGAUCUACUUUUAAAAAAUUGAGAAAAAAGCAGAGAAAUUUAUAUUCUAAUUGAAGAUGUGGCACUUGGCCAUGCAUGUUUGUAAGUGAAAUUGUAAUAAAACAAGAUGGAAAUGGACCAAUAA